UUUGUAAAAUGUGGGUAUGCAGGGUCUAACUUUCCUGCACACAUAUUUCCAUCGAUGGUGGGUAGGCCUAUAAUUCGAUCUACAGCCAAAGUUGGUGAUAUUGAAAUUAAGGAUUUAAUGGUUGGUGAAGAUGCGAGCAAACUGCGGCAGAUGUUGGAAGUUAACUACCCUAUGGAAAAUGGGAUUGUUCGAAACUGGGACGAUAUGAUAUCUCUAUGGAACUACACCUUCAGUGAAGAUAAAUUAGACAUUAAUCCAAGAGACAGCAAAAUUCUCCUUACAGAGCCCCCUAUGAAUCCGACGAAGAACAGAGAAAAGAUGAUAGAGGUGAUGUUUGAGACAUACCAGUUUGCAGGUGUAUAUGUAGCUGUGCAGGCAGUUUUAACACUCUAUGCACAAGGGUUGUUGACAGGAGUGGUUGUCGACUCGGGGGAUGGUGUAACUCAUGUAUGUCCUGUGUAUGAAGGCUUCUCACUCCCCCACCUCACGCGCAGAUUAGAUAUUGCUGGAAGGGACAUCACACGCUAUCUUAUCAAGCUGUUACUGCUUCGAGGCUAUGCCUUCAACCAUUCCGCAGACUUCGAGACAGUGAGGAUGAUAAAGGAGAAGCUGUGCUACAUUGGUUAUAACAUAGAGCAGGAGGAAAAACUAGCACAGGAAACCACAGUUCUCGUAGAGUCUUAUACACUUCCAGAUGGACGUGUCAUUAAAGUAGGAGGUGAGAGGUUUGAGGCUCCUGAAGUCUUGUUCCAGCCACAUCUCAUCAACGUUGAGCGAGUCGGCAUUGCAGAACUUCUUUUCAAUACUAUUCAAGCAGCAGACAUUGACACCAGACCUGAAUUUUACAAACACAUUGUGUUAUCUGGUGGAUCUACCAUGUACCCUGGCCUGCCUAGCCGGUUAGAGCGAGAAAUCAAGCAGCUCUAUUUGGAGCGAGUAUUGAAGGGAAAUACUGAAGCGCUUUCGAAAUUCAAGAUUCGCAUUGAAGACCCACCUCGACGUAAACACAUGGUGUUCCUAGGUGGUGCUGUGCUGGCAGAUAUCAUGAAAGACAAAGAUACAUUCUGGAUGACACGAGAGGAGUAUGAGGAAAAGGGGUUGCGAGUAUUGGAAAAGCUAGGCGUUGUUAGUUCAGGUUAAACAGAAUUCUAUGUAGUAAAAUGUAGCAGCAUGUAAACGAGGCCUUUUUAUGUAUCAAAAGACCAUGGAUGUAAAUUUUAUAUAACAUUUGCUAGCAUGUGGAAGAGUGAUGUUGAAUUGUCUCUAAUUUAUGAUCAGCCAAAAUGCUUGGCUACUUUUCUACUGGGGAAAUGUGUGAUCGCUGAUGCGGCUAUGUAGGGUAAUUUGUGAAAUGGUAAUAGCACAAUCGGCCUGCACUGCAUGUGAGAAAUGGGUGUCCUAUCAUGUGCCAAAUGCUGUAUUGAGUUGUGGUCGAAUUGUUUCAUGUUUGUUAGUGUAAAGGGAGAUAGUAAAAUUAUCUUCCGUUAUAGCUGACCUUUGUACGUGAGAGUACAUACGGGACUAUUUGCAGUAGCACAACAAACUAGAUUAACGUUUCACUUCACGGCAUAUUUACCUGUAGCUGCUGCAUGACUUAUAAUGCUGAAUAGAGCGUAAAUGUGCUUGUGGUAACUGCCAGCACACGAAAAGCAGCCAGCUUCUGUUAAAGGUUGCCACAUACUAUGUGAUAUAUAGUUAACUGUCGUUAACCUACAUUUUGUGAGUAAACGACUUGUAAGUUGCAGGUAGGGAAUUGUUACACAAGGGUAUCAACGUGAGUGUGGGUUGGAUGGUUUCCACUUGCAGACCCGGACAGAAAUCGGCUAGACUUCAUUUGUAAAUAGUAGUGUAUAUUUAAAGGUAAACAAGCAGAUCAUUUCUGGUUAGGGGCUCUGGGUGUGCCUAAAUUCAUGCCGAAUUAUCCGACGGUUGCUCUCAUGAUCAUCGUAACAUCACCAGCUUUCCUUUUCUUAAUUUGCCAUAAUGGGGAAGACCCGAAUUAAACUGAUCCAACCGUUGCAUUUAUUAAUGCCUCAGCUCGUAGUUUUUACCGUAUUAGCACGUGCAUGGAACCUUCCGGCAAUGCGCCAAAUGCAGCUGCUUAAUACAGACACAGUAAAAACUGGGUGGUGCUAGCCGUUUAGACUAAGCGUUGUUCAAUUAGUAUUGCUGCCAGCAUACCUGAAGAAGCAAAUAUUGACAAGUUGUGUGGGCAACGACCUUCGGCAGUUAGGAUCCUGUUUCGGAGAAGUUAAUUUGGGUGAAUUUCUUAUCUAUCUGUGUAUUCAUUUUGAUUUCCACUAUAAUAGAGGACUUGAGUAAACUGGAUUCGAAUUGGGUAAUCAUUAGCCGACUGUCACCCGUUUGUUUGAAUUUUGAAGGUGUGUAAAACUAAUUGUAAAACUCCUUUGUCGAUUUAAUUGAAGAUGACGUGCUGAGUUGGCGUUCAGCUUUCUGGCCAUGUUUAUGCUACUUGUCAUAAGUCUUUACACAUCGGCUUCUUGCCAUACAUGUUGAGAUCGUGUGUAUGUAUAUAUCGACAUGUAUAUACAAUUGUUGAGGAGGGAGAACAGGUCGGUAUGGGUCAAGACAUGUAUGAGCUAAAGUUUUUGCUUUCCAUUGUUUGAACACUGCGAAAUUGCGUAUUAGACUAUUAAAUUGUUGAUAUUGUCCAGACAAGUAACCGUAAUAGUAAAUUAGCAAAUGGAACUGAGCACUGAUUACGAACUCUGUUCAUUAUUUCAUGUUGCAACUUGAUCAUGUUUUCGAUUAUUCGUAUGUCAUUCUGAGCCUUCUGUAUAGUACAUUUUCCUGAUAUAAUUUAUAGUCGGUAAGCUAAAUUGCUCAACGAUCCUGUGUGUAUGCCAGCUUUUCUGCUUGAUUUGAAGCAAUGUUCUUGACUCUGAAACCAUACAAUUUAUAUUAAAAAUCUUUUUAUAUUAAAAAGUGGUGAAAAUGAACAA